AUGUCGGUGAAUAAGCCGGACGGAGGCUCGGUGCGUGUAAAGACGCUGCGGCCGGGGGACCAUUUGGGGUACGAUGCGAUCUUCUCGGAGGUGCUACGACUCGGCGAUGACUUGGAUGAGUUGGUCGAGCUGACCGAGGUCACAAAGGAGGUGCUCGGCGACGCCUUCUCGAACGACCGCUACUUCUCGACCAUCUUCGAGGCGAGGCAGCACUUGCGCGAGGGGCAGCUCCAGUACGAGUCGCUCAUCCAGGAGAUUGCGCCAGAUUGCGUCGACUACAGCCAGUACGAGUCGCUCAUCAAGGAGAUUGCGCCAGAUUGCGUCGACUACAGCCAGUACGAGUCGCUCAUCAAGGAGAUUGCGCCAGAUUGCGUCGACUACAGCCAGUACGAGUCGCUCAUCAAGGAGAUUGCGCCAGAUUGCGUCGACUACAGCCAGUACGAGUCGCUCAUCAAGGAGAUGGCGCCGCUGGAGGUGUCGCACGGCGAGGCGAUCUUCCAGCAGGGGGACCCGCCCGAGCAGGUCUACUUUGUGUCCGAGGGGCAGCUCGAGUGCGAGUAUGACCCGAAGCUCGACUCGCGCGCAAAGAAGCGGCGGCCGUCGGGCGAGGCGGCGGUGGUUGGGCGCGACGGCAAGCCGCGCGUGGUAGCGACGCUUGGCCCAGGCGACCACUUUGGGGAGACGGCGAUGCUGGAGGCGAGGAAGGCGCGAAACUUGACGGUGCGUUGCGUCACCGCGAGCUGCGUGCUGCGGGCGAUGAGCAUGGCGCGUUUCAGCGAGAUCUUGCGGCAGCGGCCGGAGCUGCACUUCACGGUGCAGCGGGCGGCGCAGAUGCGGACGAACCAGCGGAUUCGCAACGUCGUCGCUUCAGCGGCGGACGAGGACUUGCGCGUCGUCAGCUUUGCGCCAGGCGAGACCGUCUUCCGGCAGGGCGACCGCUUCGGCGACCCGUCCGACUCCUUCUACGUGCUCGAGAGCGGCGAGGUGGAGAUGUCGCUGGUGCGCCGCAACACGGCGACAGCGCUCUCGCCCGUCGUCGUCAAGGUCAUGCCCGUGAAGCUCUUCAAGGCGAUGGCCGGGCUGAAGGCGUCGGGCUCGUACGUCGAGGCGCGCGCCGUGUCGGAGCUCGACGAGACGCUGGACGCGGAGGUGCAAAAGGCGAUGGCCAGAUGA